AUGACUUCUCUCACCGAAGGAAAAAGCAACCUCUCCUUCAUCCUAAACUCUACCCUCAAUGUCUCCUAUGAAGAGCGCCCAAUCCCCACCCUCACCGACCCCCGCUCCGUCCUCGUCGCCAUCGCCUUCACUGGCAUCUGCGGCUCCGACGUGCACUACUGGCAACAUGGCUCCAUCGGCCCGUUCGUCCUCAAAUCCCCCAUGUGCCUCGGCCACGAAUCCUCAGGGACAGUCGCCGCCAUCGGAUCCGGCGUCACCACCCUCAAACUCGGCGACCGCGUUGCCAUUGAGCCCGGAACCCCUUGCCGCCACUGCGAGCCCUGCCUGAGCGGCCACUACAACCUCUGCCCCGAUAUGCGCUUUGCCGCUACCCCGCCGUACGACGGAACCCUCACUGGCUUCUACGCCGCUCCCGAGGACUUCUGCUACAAGCUCCCCGACCAGGUCUCCCUCCAGGAGGGCGCCCUGAUUGAGCCUCUCGCAGUCGCAGUCCACAUCACAAAGCAAGCCCAGAUCUCCCCCGGCGCCUCCGUCGUCGUCAUGGGCGCUGGCCCAGUCGGUCUCCUCUGCUGCGCCGUCGCGAAGGCCUUCGGCGCCACCAAAGUCGUCAGCGUGGAUAUCCAGCAGGAUCGUCUCGAUUUCGCAAAGGGCUACGCGGCUACGCACACGUUCAUGCCGCAGCGCGUUGCUGCUGAGGUGAACGCCGAUAACCUCAUUAAGGCUGCUGACCUCGGUGAGGGCGCUGAUUGUGUCAUCGAUGCCAGUGGCGCUGAGCCGAGUAUCCAGUCUAGCAUCCACGUCGUGCGCCGUGGGGGUGUGUACGUCCAGGGAGGAAUGGGGAAGCCGGAUAUCACCUUCCCUAUCAUGGCGUUGUGCACCAAGGAGAUUACGAUGAGGGGAAGCUUCCGUUACGGCAGCGGGGACUACAAGCUGGCCGUGCAGUUGGUGGCGAGUGGAUCGCUGGAUGUUAAGAGCUUGGUGAGCAGGGAAGUGCCAUUCAAGGAUGCUGAGCAGGCAUUCGAGGAUGUGCUCAAGGGGAGGGGAAUUAAGGUGUUGAUUAGGGGCCCAAAUCACGAGGGAGAUGAGAAGGCUUUGGCGAAGGGAGAGGAGAAGAAGGAGGAGGUUGAGGCUCCUGCCGCCGCUGCUGUUGCCGAAGAAGCCGUGGCUGAGAAGUCAGAGGAGGCUGCUGCUGCACCUGAGGCCGAGAAGGCCGAGUCCGCCGCACCAGUCGAGGCUGCUGCACCAGCUGAGGAGACCACCAAAUCCGUCGCCACUGAGACUGAGCCAGUCGUCGAAGCCGCAAAGGUUGAUGAGGCCACCGAGACCUCCGAGCCAGUCGUCGAUGUCGCAAGGGCUGGUGCGACCACUGAGGCAGCUGCAGCACCUGCAGCUGAGGGGUCCGCACCAGCUGUCGUCGAGGAGAAGGCUGAGGCAGUACCAGAAGUGGCUGAGUCCGCACCAGUGGCUGAGGAGUCCGCUCCUGUCUCCACUGAGGCACCUGCGGAUGCUGAGGCUGCGAAGCCAGAGGAGACUGCCGAACCAGCGGCACCAGUGGAGAUCCCGGAGCACGUUUCGGUGCUGGAUACUAUUCGUAAGAUUGAGGAGACGGCGAAGAAGACGGAUACGCUUGGUUAA